AUGUUGAGGACUUCAGAUUUGGACUUGCCAAAGGCGGGCACCUUCCGCGUGCUCCCUGAAGAGGAACGGGAGCUGCGUGUCCAGCUGGAGAGGCUUACGACCAAGGACCACGGGCCUGUCUUUGGCCACUGCAUCAAGCUGCCCCCCCAUACCUUGCAGAAGGCCAGGGACGAGCUGAACGAGAGGGAGGAGAGUCGGGAAGACGUGGUGCGAGAGCUGCAGGAGCUGGUGCGGGCGCAGGCGGACUCAGGGCAGGAGCUGGCCCAGGCCGUGGCCGAGAAGGUGCAGGGGAGGGACAGCGCCUUCUUCCUGCGCUUCAUCCGGGCGCGCAAGUUCCACGUGGGGCGCGCCUACCAGCUGCUCAGAGGCUACGUGCACUUCCGGCUGCAGUACCCCGAGCUCUUCGACAGCCUGUCCCUGGAGGCCAUCCGCUGCACCAUUGAGGCUGGCUACCCUGGUGUCCUCUCCAGUCGGGACAAAUACGGCCGAGUGGUUAUGCUGUUCAACGUUGAGAAGUGGGACUAUGAAGAAAUCACCUUUGAUGAG